AUGGCCGGCGUGAGCUUCAGUGGCCACCGCCUGGAGCUGCUGGCGGCGUACGAAGAGGUGAUUCGGGAGGAGAGCGCGGCCGACUGGGCUCUGUACACAUAUGAGGAUGGCUCAGAUGACCUCAAGCUUGCAGCAUCAGGAGAUGGGGGCUUGCAGGAGCUCUCCGGCCACUUUGAGAACCAGAGGGUGAUGUAUGGCUUCUGCAGCGUCAAGGACUCCCAGGCUGCUCUGCCAAAAUACGUGCUCAUCAACUGGGUUGGUGAGGAUGUACCUGAUGCCCGCAAAUGUGCUUGUGCCAGCCAUGUGGCUAAGGUGGCCGAGUUCUUCCAGGGCGUCGACGUGAUCGUGAACGCCAGUAGCGUGGAAGACAUCGAUGCCGGCGCCAUUGGGCAGCGGCUCUCCAAUGGGCUGGCACGGCUCUCCAGCCCUGUGCUGCACCGACUACGGCUCCGUGAGGACGAGAAUGCCGAGCCGGUGGGCACCACCUAUCAGAAGACUGAUGCGGCUGUGGAGAUGAAGCGGAUUAACCGCGAGCAGUUCUGGGAGCAGGCCAAGAAGGAAGAAGAACUGAGGAAGGAGGAAGAGCGGAAGAAGGCCCUGGAUGAGAGACUCAGAUUUGAGCAAGAGCGGAUGGAGCAGGAGCGGCAGGAGCAAGAGGAGCGGGAGCGCCGAUAUCGGGAGCGAGAGCAGCAGAUUGAGGAACACAGGAGGAAACAACAGACUUUAGAGGCUGAGGAGGCCAAGAGGCGGUUGAAGGAGCAAUCCAUCUUUGGUGACCAGCGGGAUGAGGAGGAAGAGACUCAGAUGAAGAAGUCAGAAUCAGAGGUAGAGGAGGCAGCAGCCAUUAUUGCCCAGCGACCUGAUAAUCCACGGGAGUUCUUUAAGCAGCAGGAAAGAGUCGCAUCGGCCUCCGCAGGCAGCUGCGAUGUGCCCUCACCCUUCAACCACCGACCAGGUCGUCCGUACUGCCCUUUCAUAAAGGCAUCGGACAGUGGGCCUUCCUCCUCCUCCUCUUCCUCUUCCUCCCCUCCACGGACUCCCUUUCCCUAUAUCACCUGUCACCGCACCCCAAACCUCUCUUCCUCCCUCCCAUGUAGCCACCUGGACAGCCACCGGAGGAUGAUACCUACCCCGCUCCCUGCCCGGAGCCCCUCUGACUCUAGCACGGCCUCCACCCCUGUUGCUGAGCAGAUCGAGCGGGCCCUGGAUGAGGUCACGUCCUCGCAGCCUCCACCACUGCCGCCACCACCCCCAGCAGCCCAAGAGACCCAGGAGCCCAGCCUCAGCCUGGAUAGUGAAGAGACCAGCAAGGAAGCCAGAGCAGCAGCCCCUCAGGCCAGGGCUGGCCCCCUGGAGGAGUCCCCUCAGGCCUCGGAACCUCCCAAGGGCCAAGGCAGCCCCAUGGAGGAGAACUUGAUGUUCAUGGCAUCUACAGAGCAGGCAGACCUGGCUGCCUCUCUAGAGCCUGCCGUGGCUGGAGCCUCUGCAGCCGACAGCCCAGCAGCUGAUGCCAUUGAAACCGACACUGCCGCUGCUGACACUGCUGUUGCUAACACCAUCACCCCUGCCGCUGCCAGCCUCAUUGACCUAUGGCCAGGCAAUGGGGAAGGGGCCUCUGCACCCCAGGCUGAGCCUCAGGCCCCCACACCACCUUCAGGUGCCGAAGUCAUGUUGGCGGAGGUGCCCCUGCUGGAUGAGGUGGCUCAGGAGCCACUGCUGCCAGCAGAAGGCAGUGCCAAUCUUCUCAGUUUUGAUGAGCUGCCUGAGCCGCCAGCCACCUUCUGUGACCCAGGGGAGGAAGUAGAAGGGGAGCCCCUGGCUGCCCCCCAGGCUCCAACUCUGCCCUCAGCUCUAGAAGAGCUGGAUCAGAAGCUGGAGCCAGAGCUGGAACCAGAGCCCCACCUGCUGACCAAUGGCGAGACCACCCAGAAGGAGGGGACCCAGGCCAGUGAGGGGUACUUCAGCCAAUCACAGGAGGAGGAGUUUGUCCAAUCAGAAGAGCUAUGUGCAAAGGCUCCGCCUCCUGUGUUCUACAACAAGCCUCCAGAAAUCGACAUCACCUGCUGGGAUGCAGACCCAGUACCGGAAGAGGAGGAGGGCUUCGAGGGUGGUGACUAG